AGUUACUCGUCAGCGGUGGUUCAGCGAGAUGUGUCCAAACUCUUGUUAGACUGUCAGGUUCACAAGGUGACCUGGAGGUGAUGACCCCAGUCCAACGCCCCCCCCCCCCCCACACACACACACACACACAUCAAGGGAGACGGGAAGACGGUGAGAAAGCAAAGAGUGAGACAGUGAUUUUGCAGUGAGCCAGUGAGAGACAGAAAUGCAGCGAGACGGUCAUCGACAUUUCUUGAGGCAGCGGGAAGGCAGACGUCAGCUGUUGCCAUGACAAUGAGGCGUAUGGGUGCAGGCGUCGCCUUGGUGCUGCUCAGCAUGGCCGCUAUCACCACCGCCCGGCCCAAAGCAGUUUCUGAGCACAAGUGCCAGUCAGGCCCGGUGGACCUGGUGUUCCUGAUCGAUAGCUCGCGCAGCGUCCGACCUCACGAGUUCGAGACAAUGCGGAAGUUCAUGAUCGACAUCCUGGACACGCUCAACGUCGGACUCAACGCCACCCGAGUGGGCGUGGUCCAAUACUCCAGUCAGGUCCGCAACGAGUUCUCGUUGAACUCUUAUGGCACCAUGUCCAGUAUGGUGGACGCCAUCCACCGCAUCGUCCCCCUGGCGCAGGGCACCAUGACGGGCCUGGCGAUCCGCUACAUCAUCAACAACGCCUUCAACCUAGAGCAAGGCGACAGACCCCAGGUGCCCAAUGUGGCGGUGAUCGUGACAGACGGACGUCCUCAGGACCGUGUGGCGGAGGUGGCGGCCGAGGCUCGCCAGAAAGGCAUUGAGAUCUUUGCUGUGGGCGUGGCCCGGGCUGACAUGGCGUCCCUCAGGGCCAUGGCGUCCCCACCCUUCGAGGACCAUGUCUUCCUGGUGGAGACCUUUGACCUCAUCCACCAGUUUGGACUUCAGUUCCAGGAUAAACUCUGCGGUAUGGAUCUGUGUGUGGAGACUGAGCAUGGCUGUGAGCACAUUUGUGAAAGUUCUCCAGGUUCUUUCCACUGCCUCUGCCUGCCCGGUUACAUGCUCAAUGACGACGACAAGACCUGCACAGCCAUCGACUUGUGCGCUGAAGGAAAACACGACUGCGAGCAGAUCUGCGUGAGCACUCCGGGCGCCUUCACGUGCGACUGCAACCCUGGCUUUGCGCUCAACCUCGACAAGAAGACGUGCACCAUGUUGGACUUUUGUUCCCUUGGUAAUCACACGUGUGAGCACGAAUGUGUGAGUGUGCUCAACGGAUUCCAGUGCCGCUGCAAAGAUGGAUACCGGCUGAUGGACGACGGCGUCGCCUGCCAGGCAAUCGACUUGUGCGCCGAUGGCGAACACGACUGUGCGCAGAUCUGUGUGAGCUCUCCUGGCGUCUUCAUGUGCGACUGCAACCAGGGCUUCACGCUCAACCAGGACAAGAAGACAUGCACGCCCAUUGACCUGUGCGCCGAAGGCAAACACGACUGUGAGCAGAUCUGCGUGAGCUCUCCCGGCGCCUUCACGUGCGACUGCAACCAAGGCUUCGCGCUCAACCAGGACAAGAAGACGUGCACGCAAUUGGACAUGUGUAACUCGCUGGAUCACGGAUGCGAGCAUCGCUGCGUGAGUACGCCGGGCUCGUAUUACUGCGUCUGUCCCGAUGGACAACUCCUGCAGGAGGACGGCAAGAGCUGCGGAACGUGCAAGUCGGCCGUCAUCGACCUGGUGCUGCUGAUCGACGGUUCCAAGAGCGUCCGCCCUCACAACUUCGAGCUGGUCAAAAAGUUUGUCAACGAGGUGGUGGACACGCUGGACGUGUCGGAGCACGGCACUCGGGUGGGCCUGGUCCAGUACUCCAGCCGGGUCAGGACCGAGUUCACCCUAAACCAGUUCCAAAGCGCGGACGACAUCAAGGCUGCUGUUAUGAAGAUGGCUUACAUGGAGAAGGGCACGAUGACGGGCAUGGCGCUGCAGCACAUGUUGGAGAGUAGCUUCUCGGAGGCGGAAGGGGCCAGACCGCCGGCCCGCGGGAUUCCCAGGAUCGGACUGGUGUUCACCGACGGGCGUUCGCAGGACGACAUCAGCGAGUUCGCCAAGAAGGCCAAACAAGCCGGCAUUAUCAUGUACGCGGUGGGCGUCGGCAAAGCGUUGGAGGAGGAGCUUCGCGAGAUCGCCUCGGAGCCUCUGGAGAAGCAUUUCUUCUAUGCCUCCGACUUCACCGCCAUCAGCACCAUCGCGCUCAACCUUAAACUAAACGUGUGUCCAGAGGAAAGUCAAGGUGAGAUCGAGGUGAAGGACCCGUGCGCCUGCGAAAACCUGGUGGAGUUCCAGCAAGCCACCAUAAGCAACCUGGACCGCAUCACGCAGUCGCUGACGGCAAUGAGCGCCCGACUGGUGCAGCUGGAGCAGCAGCUGCUUAACAGGAAGUGAUGCGCAGGAAGCGGGAAGACAGCUUGGGUCUUGCCACCCACCCCCCUCGUGGCAAGAGAGACGCCGCAGGAUCAACAACAACGACGACAACGGCGGCAAGGACAACAGUGAGGAGGACAGCAACCGAAGCAUGAAGCAGAACAACAACAAUGACAAAGCGAACUAACAAAGACAUCAUCAUCAACAACAAGAAUCGGAAUUCUGAUUCUGAUUCUGCACAGUGACAUCAACAGGAAGAAGAGCAGCAGCAACACCAGUCGCAACGACAACAAGAGCAACAGCAAGAACAACACAGCAACGACAACAACGAGAUCAAGGACAACAAAUCAACAAUGACAACAACAAACAAGAAGCCUUGAGGACUUCCCACUUGCGUUUCUCCUUUUGUAGCGUGCGUUAUUCUGGAAGCGAAGUAUAGGAAGUCCUGUUGUUUUUACAAUUUUGGGGCGAAACGUUUACUUUUGAUGGUUGUCAAGAUGACGACCACUCGACCAUUCAAACCUCCAACGUGACUUUUUCUGCGACCGUGAUAAGGAAAGUUUGCAUGUGUGUGGAUCACAGAAAGAGAAACAUGUAACUUUUGUAUGAAAAAUAUUUGGAUAAUGUUUUGGUUUUCCAUAUUUGUGACAUAUGCACCAAACACCAAUAAACAACUUACAAAUAC